AAGGUGUACUUGAAGAAAAGGAAUAAUACUAAUUCUUGCAAAUUCAAGAAAAUUCUGAUCAUCCAUCUCUAGCUGAGAUAUUUUGGAGAAGGGUUAGUGUUUUUUUCUUUUUUUCUCUCCCAAAAGAAAAGGAGAGAAAAAAAAAAAGGAAGAAAGAUAGCCCUUUGCUUAGCAACUUCACUAAAGCUUUGAUAUAUGUAUUGCCAAUGAUUUGUUGCAUAUAAAGAGAGAAGAAGAAGAAGAGAUUUGUUUAAUGAUGGUGCGAGCAUUAGAACGUGAACAAAGCAUGCAAAAAUCGAAAUCCUUCCAUUUAAGAAAAAUGUUUGAUAUUCCAGGAAAACAUAUCCAGAGUUUGAUUCUUGACAAUGGAAAUGAUGGAGUUGUGAGUAGUAAUAUUAGUGUUGAUGAAAGGACGCAAUCAAGAAAUGGUUUGCCUAAGGUAGGAGAACGCCUUGUUGAUUCCCAGUAUAUUGGAAGUCCUCUUAAUCGUCCCCGUCCUGAUGCAGCAGCUAAAUCACCAAGCCCCCGAGACAAGGCUCCCUCAGACAUAGAUAUGAUGAAGGAAAAGUUUGCAAAGUUGCUUUUGGGUGAAGAUAUGUCGGGUGGUGGGAAAGGUGUUUCCUCAGCCUUGGCUUUGUCAAAUGCAAUCACAAAUCUUGCUGCAUCUGUUUUUGGAGAACAAAAGAGAUUAGAGCCCAUGUCCCCAGAGACAAAAAUAAGGUGGAGAAAAGAAAUCGAUUGGCUUUUAUCAGUAACCGAUCACAUUGUUGAGUUUGUUCCAUCACAACAAUCUAAUAAUGGAAUCAAUAUGGAGAUCAUGACAACACGACAAAGAAGUGAUCUGCUCAUGAACAUUCCCGCUCUACGCAAGCUUGAUACCAUCCUCAUUGACCAACUAGAUCAAUUUGGAAAUCAGAAUGAAUUCUGGUAUGUGUCCAAGGAUAGCGAUGAAUCAGAGCAAGAAACCCCACCAAGAAAUGAUGACAAAUGGUGGAUUCCCACCGUUAAGGUUCCUCCAGAGGGGCUAUCAGAGGUGACACGAAGAUGGAUCCAAUUCCAGAAGGACUCUGUUAAUCAAGUACUUAAAGCAGCCAUGGCAAUAAAUGCUCAGGUGCUAUCAGAAAUGGAGAUUCCUGAAAACUACAUUGAAUCCCUUCCCAAGAAUGGAAAAACAAGCCUUGGAGAUUCAAUCUACAAAAGCAUAACAGUAGAGUAUUUUGAUCCUGAGCAAUUCCUGUCAACCAUGGACUUGUCAACCGAGCACAAAGUGCUUGAUCUCAAGAAUAGGAUUGAGGCGUCUAUUGUGAUUUGGCAGAGAAAGAUGAACCAAAAGGAUGGAAAGUCUUCUUGGGGAUCAGGUGUGAGCUUAGAGAAGAGAGAACUCUUUGAAGAGAGAGCAGAAACCAUCUUACUCAUUCUCAAACAGCGAUUCCCUGGACUUCCACAAUCUGCACUAGAUAUAAGCAAGAUCCAAUACAACAAGGAUGUAGGACAGGCUAUUCUAGAAAGCUACUCAAGAAUAAUAGAAAGCUUGGCAUUCACAGUUCUGUCUAGGAUUGAAGAUGUUCUGUACGCGGACUCCUUAACGCAAACCCCAAAAUCAGAAUCAGAUGAGAAGUCGGAGAAUGAGAAAGGAGAUGAAGACAGUGACAAGUGGGGCGCUAGCGAGACACUAACACCAACAUCAAUGACACUCUCAGAUUUCAUGGGAUGGAACGUGGACAAGGGAGAGAACAACUCUAAGAGAUACAAUGCAGACUGCCUCUUCAAGGGUGAUCACGAAAAGAUCAUGCUCAAACCUAUUAUGACCAUGAAGAAAUUUUCCUACUUAGAGAAACUUGAGAAUUUGAGUGGAUUAAGAAGUCCAACGGCUCGACAUUAAUAUCAAAAGAAGACGAGGCAAACAAAGAAUAUGAAAAGAUGGAAAUCCAAAAAGGACCGGAACAGGAAGAUAAACAUAGAGAAAUGGUAGUUUAGAGAGCUUGAUUUAUCAAAUGUAGAUAACAAACAACCCUUUAGGAGUCUGUUUUAGUAACUUACUAGUUGUUAUAUUGUUCUUCCUCGCAACUGCAGCAGUAUAGGGAAGUUCCAGUAUGUUAACUAUUGAGUUCUAUGCAUUUGACACCUGCUUUCUGGAUUUGUUAAGACCAAACCUUGUGACAUAUCCAAUUUUAGAUUCUUCCUUCCACGCUUUAUCUUGGGUUGAUUUGGUCAUGCAAAUUGCAAUGUUUGAACAAAAAUGAAGCCAACCAUCCAUAUGCCUUAGCAUGGGAUUGGAUAUAA